AUGUCGUCGAUCAAUAGGUGUUACACCGUUUUGCCACAGUUCCCAGAUUACACAGUGUCGAUUUCGCUGUUUGAGGAUGUGUCUAACGCUCAGGAGCUUCGAUCAAAAGUUGCUGAGCUGCCAUUCGCUUUGAUCGAUGCUAGGGCUAUAUGCUCGAGAGAACAAUUGCUCUCAGCAAUCUAUCGAGCACUUGUUGAGGUUUCCUAUAACAAGAGGAGAACAAAAAGCUUACAUUCAGAGUGUCUGCUGUGUCUGUCACCGUCAUCGAACAUUGGCGAAGCAUUCAAGAAUUUUGGGCUGAAGGAUGACUGCAAGACACUGAUUGCUGUCCAAAUACUGGGGCCAAAUGACCAAAAUGCAGUAGAGAGGCUUGGCGAAGAGAUCCAUGGUCGGGAGGUCGAGUUGCUUGAUCAAACACUUCAACAACACUGCGACGAGACCUUUAUAAGGAAGGUAUGUGGUCAUCAACGUUAG